AGCAACUUCAAUCUUCCAUACCUUCUUUCGGAUUGGGGAUUGUUUCUCCUUUGUUGGUCUCCGCCGAUCUGCAGCCAUGCAGAUCUUCGUAAAAACCCUAACCGGGAAGACCAUAACCCUUGAGGUUGAAUCCUCAGACACCAUCGACAAUGUGAAGACGAAGAUCCAAGACAAAGAGGGCAUACCUCCCGAUCAGCAACGCCUUAUCUUCGCGGGAAAGCAGCUCGAGGACGGCCGCACCCUAGCUGAUUACAAUAUCCAGAAGGAAUCUACUCUCCACUUGGUUCUCCGACUCAGAGGAGGAGCGAAGAAGCGAAAGAAGAAAACUUACACCAAACCCAAGAAGAUCAAGCACAAGAAGAAGAAGGUCAAGCUCUCUCUGUUGCAGUUCUACAAGGUUGAUGACUCGGGCAAGGUUCAGAAGCUGAGGAAGGAGUGCCCGAAUCAGGAGUGCGGGGCUGGGACUUUUAUGGCUAACCAUUUCGAUAGACACUACUGUGGAAAGUGUGGGUUAACUUACGUUUAUCAGAAGGCCGGAGGUGAUUAAAGUUGUUCGCAGUAGGUUUAUGCAUCCAUUAGUUUUUUAAGAACUCGUGGAUUUUGUAAUUGGAAUUUUGGUUAUUAGAUAAGAGUGCAUUCUGGGAUUUGUUUAGUAUUGCUGUUAUUAUGUAUUUGAUGCCAGAUUUGAUGGUUUAAUUACAAGACUUUAGUCAUUUAUAAGGACAAAUCAUUUUGUUUCUGAUAAA